AUGGGGAAAAGUGGCAAGAAGCGUAAACGUCCCUAUGGACAGGACAGUGCUUCUGCAAACCCUGGUAUGGGUGCUGCUCUUGCGCAGCUGCGUGGAGAGCAGCCUCAAUCACAGCGUCCCAAUUCAACUUCACCAGUUGCGAAGGAAGACUCGCCAGAAUCUGGCGAAUGGCAGACUAUCCAGCGCAAGAAGCAUAAGAAGACUAAGCACCCAGAAUUGAGAUACAGUGAGCUCCAUCGUUUGCAGUCCGCUGUGAAAUUAGCAGACUUGCAGAGUCUGAUUCUGUAUUGUAUCGCGGAUGCGCCUUCUCCGCAAUGGGUCUCUGUCAGGCACCAUGGCAAGAUCAAUAGAGCUGUAAUCGUAUUCGUACCAGGUCUUGAGAAAGCACUGUUUGAGAGAAGCGUCCCACUGCAGGACGACGAGCCAGGAAGUCAUGAUGCCCUCGUAAAGCUGGAUGUGGAGAAGUUUCCGGCUAGUGGUGAACGUCAUGGCAUUGUAUCUAAACUUGCCCAAUCCAACCAGUCUCUCCAGGAAAAGCUCAGAUCGCCUGAUGAUUAUCUUCCCUUACCUCUCAAAUCUGAAGAUCUGCCAGAUCCGCUAAAGCCUCUCGCAGGACUCUUUCCACAUGUUUGGCCCGUUAAAAUGCCUGGGGAUGACAGAAAAGUCCACUCUCCCCUUCAUCAUAUGCUGCAGUCCCCUAUACCUAAGUCAUAUGAAGAGAAGCUGCGGGACAAACAAAUCAAAGGGCCGAAGCCAGCACACGAGUCUCGACACUGGACGAACGAGCGCACGAGCAUUGUCAAGUAUUUACUGGGGAACGAAGACCUAUUAGAGAACGAAUAUGUGCUGCAUCCAGCCUGCUAUGAAAGCGCAAGGCUAGACGUAGAGAAGGAAGCCGAACGACGGCGUUCAGAGAAUCAGACGGAAGCAGCCGGCUGGAAAAACACAAACGUUACUAAUUACGAUGAUGGCAACGUUCCAGACAAAAACAUACAGAAAGGCUCUGUGACUGCAAGCCGACAUAUCCUCGUUGUCGACUGCGAGAUGUGCACCGUCCAAGGCGGCGAGUCUGCCCUUACCCGCGUCAGCAUCAUCGACUGGGACGGCAAAACAGUCAUGGACGAGCUCGUUCAGCCAGACAAGCCCAUAAUCGACUAUCUCACACCCUACUCAGGCAUGACAGCCGCCCUCCUCGACUCCGUCAGCACCACUCUCUCGGACAUCCAAACCCGACUCCUUGCCCUCGUAACCCCCCACACCAUCCUCCUCGGACACUCUCUCAAUUCUGACCUCAUAGCCCUCAAACUCACCCACCCUUUCAUAAUCGACACCUCUCUCUUGUACCCACAUCCGCGCGGACCCCCGAUGAAAUCCUCCCUAAAAUGGCUCUCCCAAAAGUACCUCUCACGUUCCAUCCAAAACGGGCACGGCACAACUGGGCACAACAGCAUCGAAGACGCCCACGCCUGCCUCGAUCUCGUGAAGCUGAAAUGUGAGCGCGGUCCCAGCUGGGGAACGUCCGAAGCUACCGUCGAGCCCAUCUUCAAACGCAUGAAGCGCUCUCACGAGGGGGCUAAAGGCUGCAUCAUCGACCACGGCGCCCCAGAGAAAGGAUUCGGCUCGAUGGCUGACUUCGCCAUCCCCUGCACUGACGACGACGAUGUGGUUGCCGCCAUCAUCCGCGCGGCUAAUGGUGAUAAAGCUGGGGAGUAUAUACCAGCGGGCGGGGUGGCGCUCACAUGGGCCCGCAUGCGCGAUCUAGAGAAUGCUCGCAAGUGGAGGAACGACAUGUUUCAUGAUCCUGCAGCGCCCAACCCCUCGCCCGCACAACUAUCUCAAGCCCUCACCAAGACGGUCUCGCAGAUCCAACGCAUCCACGCCUCCCUCCCCAAACAAACCCUUCUUGUCAUAUAUUCAGGCACAGGCGACCCAAGAGAAAUGGGUCGGUUGCAGAAUAUGGAACGCCAGUAUCGGAGGGAGUUCAGGACCAGGAAGUGGGACGAUUUGACGGUGAAGUGGACGGAUGAGGAGGAGCAGGCUUUAAAGCGGGCGGUGAGGGGCGCCAAGAAUGGGGUGGGGCUGGUUACUGUGGUUUGA